AGACGGUGAAACAAGACUGUUGCUUUUCUCAAUAAAAAUAUUUUUCCCUGAAGAUGACUGUCGAAGACAGUCGAAAUAUCGGAAAAUAAAAAUCAAAAUUAUAAAAAGAAAACACUGAUGUUUUUCAAUUGACCUUAAGCCAAAAUAAAGUUAAUAAGAAUCAAUAUACAGGUCAACAAUAAAAAACAACAACAUAAAAAUCACGGAAGGCACCCCGCGCAAGAAUACGAUCUACACAUAAUACAUAAAAAUGCAUUUAUACAAAGAUAUACGGAGAAAAUAUAACACAACCACAAUCAACAAAAUAAAACAAUAUUCAAAAUGUAACAGGCAAACAGCAUCGUUGUCCGCAUCAGUUACAUUUUUAAUAAAAUGCAGAAACAUUGGUAUUAUACCAAACUUCAUACACAACACAACCAAAAACACUUACAAUAUGUUCAAAGCAAACGACAAAAUACCGCCAAAUUUAUUAGCUUCUUUAAAAACACACAACUACAAUUUUCACUUAAAACUACUCAAACUUCUAAUACAGCACAAACAUAAAGAACUGCACAAAAACAAAAUCACAGUUACAAAAACCAAAGAAACACUUCAACAAGUAAUGGACGAGAACGAUUUUUCUCUUCUCAUGGAGAGCGAAAAUCAUUUACAUAAAACACACAACAACAAUAACAAAACAAGACACGUCAGAAAAUACGAAGCACUGCUACAAAAACAACGCGAAAAACUCAACAUUAAACACAACAAUGAGUGGUUUUCGAACAACACAAGCACAGUCAUACCUGAAGAUAUUCAGUGGCUACUUUCGUUGGGACCAAAAUAUGCGUUACCAACAACAAAAGCAUCAUUCCCUUUAUUAAAUGUAAUAGCAGAGAGCGAGGAGUGCGUGCAAACUUUAAUCAAUAAGGAAGAUCAAGAAAACGGGAGAAUAAAACUAGUCUCUCUGAUUGACGACCACUUACAACGGACAAAACUGAGUAUAAGAGAUAAAAUAAUAAUUGACACAGUGGGUAGAACAAAACAAUUUUUAAAACAAAACAAAGAUAUCUUAAUUUUAAAUGCCGAUAAAGGGGGAAAGACUGUUGCUAUGUAUAAGAAUGAAUAUGAUACCAAAAUGAAGAACAUACUGCGGGACAUGUGCAUAUAUAGACGACUAAAACGGGAUCCAACUUAUAACCUACAAAAUAAAAACAACAAAUUGACGGAGAAAUUACUAAAAAUGAAUAUAAUAAAUGUUUUUGAAAAAAACAAAUUGAGUACAAACACAGCAGUUGCGCCAAGAAUUUACGGACUACCCAAAAUUCAUAAAGAAGGAAACCCACUUAGACCGAUAUGUUCAUCAAUAAACUCCCCAACAUAUGAGCUUUCCAAAUACAUCGUGGAUAUUUUAAAACAUUUGACGAAGGAUUCUAGUUAUAAUAUCAAAGACGCGCUGGAUCUAAAAGACAGAAUUAAAGAACAUACCUAUACAUUUAGCUUUGAAGACAAUAACAGAAAAAUGGGACAUUAUUAA